GCAAGUACAUUCACCCUCGAUCAUUGCUUUAAAAAGUAUGAACUGAAACACAGAGUGCACCAUCCUUUCUUGUGCGUACGCUGGGCUUGCGUCUGGUCACAGACGAGUUGUACAGGAACAAGGAUGUGGGUUGGCAGACAUCUGCAUAGGCUGAGUCGGGGACUUGCCUUCACAGAAGAGAAGAGUGUGCACUUUGAAGGCCAGCUAUCUCCUCCGCCCUUUCAGAAGAGGCAGACCAUGUCACUCAAGCUACCUCGGAAUGUUUGGGAUUUCAACCUUAAAGCAGACUCUGGACGAAUAGGCCGUUCUAAGAGUGUGAUGCCAGGAGAACACAGCUCAAAUAGACCUUCAUCUCCUAAUAUGCUGGAGCGUCCUGUAAAGUCAGGCUGGCUGAAGAAGAAGAGGUCUUUAAUGAAGCAGUGGCAAUCUCGGUGGUUUGUUCUUCGAGGAUUUUACCUGACUUACUACAAGGAGGAGGAAGAUGGGAAGCCACAGGGUUGCAUUAUUCUCCAGGAUUGCAAGGUUAAUGAACAUCCAGCAAAUCCAGAAGAUCCAGGAAAGUUUCUCUUUGAAAUUGUCCCAGCAGGCUCCGGUGACCGAGAUCGGCUAGGGAAUGUUCAGGACUCGCAUAUGUUGAUGGCCAAUUCACAGAAUGAGAUGGAAGACUGGGUGAAAGCAAUCCGAAGAGCAAUGGGAAGUCUAUCCACUGCAGCUGUCUUUGGCCAGCGUCUGACAGACACAGUGGCAUAUGAGCAAAAGUUUGGCCAACACCUGGUGCCCAUCAUCGUCGAGAAGUGUGCAGACUUCAUGCGGGAGCAGGGACUGAAGGAGGAAGGAAUCUUUCGCUUGCCAGGGCAAGACAACUUGGUAAAAGAACUGAGGGAUGCUUUUGAUGCUGGAGAGAGGCCAUCGUUUAACCGGGAUACAGAUGUGCACACUGUUGCUUCUUUGUUCAAGCUAUACCUCAGAGAACUCCCAGAACCAGUCGUUCCUUGGUCCCAAUAUGAAGACUUCCUUGCGUGCAGUCAGAUGAUGGGGAGCGAUAAGAUGUUGGGGCAACAAGAACUGACGAAACAGAUAUCAUUGUUGCCGCAGGCAAACUACAACCUGCUCAGUUACAUCUGCAGGUUUCUCCAUGAAGUCCAGUUGCACUCAGCCAUGAACAAAAUGGGUGUGGACAACUUGGCCACUGUUAUCGGCGUGAAUCUCUUCCGUCCCAAGACUGAGGAUCCUGUGGCCAUCAUGAGAGGAGCACCGCAGAUUCAGAAACUGAUGACUGUGAUGAUCAGCAACCAUGAUGAAUUGUUCCCAAAACAUAAGGAUAAACCACCUUCCCCUUUGAAGUCAGACAGCAAGAAAGCUUCCAUUCAGCGAAGCAUGGUCGGCUGGGGUGCCUCAGAGUUUCAGACAGGAUCAGCAACCAGUGCUUAUGGGCCCACCCAAAUUGACGGGAUUGGUGACAACACAUUAGAGAGUGAAUUCGAAAGCUGGAAUGAAUGCCCCAGGAAAAGGACACAGACACUUCCAGCCAGUAGCUGCACCUUGAAUUCAGUUGGAGAGAUGUCCCACAGUGUUAAUACAGGUAGUUCUAGUGCCGACUACUCAGACAAACGCAAGUCCUUCCAAGAAAACAUCACUGAGAGACACAAAAGGAGUUAUUCCCAGGACCUUAUGAAGACUCCUACUGCCUAUCAUCAGGUCUCCACUUAUGAUAAUAUCAUAACAUGUUCUGGUGAUUCUCAGGAAAAAGACUCUGUGGGGUCUGAGCGGUCUCCUGAACAUAGCGCAUUAUCCAAUGUGGAACAGUGGAGUUCUGGGAAUUCUUGCCUCAAGGUAAGCCAAAACCUCUCAACAAAGACCCAGAAGGAUCAACCAAAGGUGGAAAGCAAAGACGAAAAAGUGGAGCUCGAUGUGGGAGAAAUGAACAUGGAACAGAUUCGGAGGCAGCUUAUCGAGUUAAGAGAGGAGCUAAACAAUCAGAAACAGAGCUACGAGGAGAGAAUUGAAAGUGUUUUAACGGAGAACUAUGAAGUCUGGGCCAAAGUGGUGCGACUCAAUGAACAGAUGGAGGAAGAUAAGAAGCGGUAUGAAGCGAUGGAAAGUAAGCUGCGUGACACCACGCGUGCACUAGAGGAUGCUGAGAAACGGAACCUUGUCCUGGAGAAGAAGCUGGAGGACUCCUUCCAGGCAAAGAACAAAGCCUCAGCUUAAGCCUCCAAUAGCCCUUGGACUUAGGAACUCCUUCAAUGGGGCUGCGCCGAUUGGUUGUAAACAAGGAAAUAAAAAUCUUUCACUUUUACUUUUCUGUCACCAGCUUAUCAAGGUGGCGAGACAUUAUACAUGAAGUUAUCGGAGCAAUAAUUCUGCAGAAUUUCACGUUAUGGAUUGACUGUGGAAAGGAUACGUUCCGUCAGCAAAUGGCUGGUUGUAAAACAAUGGAUUGUCAUAAACUACUUCCAAGUGAUUUAACAUUUGGGCAGAAUGUUUGCUUAAAUAUUUCCUAACCGAGAUGAGGACAGCUCUCUAGAAUGGAACAGGGCUAAGUAAAUUCAGUACCGUUCAUUCAGCAUACCCCUCAUAUUUCUCUUUUACCUCCCUACUCCUUAUGUAUUUGCUGUUGCUCCAAGACAUCAUUUGGUAUCAGUUUGAAUUUCAACGUGUUGAUGACACCCAUUUCUCCCUUGAUUCAUUCACUGCCUUCAAACUGUCCCAUAUCCAAAAAUGUGUUAAGGUGAAAUCUCUUCUAACUAAUUUUUGGGAAGCUCAAAGGUACUGUCUUUGAUCCUGUGAUAACUUACUCUCCCUAGCCACCGAUUCCAUCCUAUCAACUGUCGGAGGCUAAAAUAGACUGUUUGCAAAUGAUGUUAUAUCUGACCCUGAAGCGAGCUUCUGAUCACAUAUCUUUGUCACCACUUAAGGCCCUUUCCACGCCCUUACUAUCAUCCACACCACCAAUGCUACAGCAGUUCAUCGGCUGUUAAAACCAUCCUAUCUGCUCUUGUCACCCUUAAACUUAAAGAUUCCAAUGCACUUUCAGCUGGCUGCCCAUUAAGUAACUCCUUUGAUUUUAGAAUUCUCAUCUUGGUUUUCAAACUCCAAGGCUUUUUUUGCUCCCUUGUCAUCUUCCUCCAGCCGUAUCACACUUCAAAAUAUCUCUGCUCCUGCCAUUAUGAACUCCUGCACUUUCCAAAUUUUAAUUACUGCACCACUGACGGUUGUGCCUUUAGCUGUCAAGUUCUUACACUCUGAAAUUUACUUCUAGAACCUCUCAGCCUCUUCUCAUAUAAGAUGCUUCUUAAAGUCUUCCUCCUUAAUCAAGCUUUUAUUCAUCAGCCCAUUUUCUCCUUGUGAUUCUCAUGUCAAAUCUUCUUUGGCAAUGCCCUUGUGAAUCACAUUGGGAUGGUUUACAAUAAUAAUGCACUAUGCAAACCUUUGUAUCUUUAAUUAUAAAUUAUACAGAAACCAAGUGAUGUUGCUGUAAUGUCUGACUGCUGUGAUGCAACAGAAGUUACUUUUAUGUAAAGACUUAGUCAGAUGCAUUUACUUGAUAAAU